AUGGCGAGCUCUUUGCCCCUGGACACGGUCAUGUCCUGCCCGAGACUCGAGCCCAGGAGCGCGGUCGAGUCCUCUCCAAAACCCUUGGCUUUCUCCAUCGAUAGGAUCAUGUCCAAGACGACUGAGGAGCGCAGAGGACCGGACAACACUGAAGGGAAGAGGACGACGGGUUUGUGCGCGCCAGUCCCUUGCAUGAUUCCCAUCCAACCUUUCGCCUACGACCUCCACGCCAAAGCUCUGGUGAACUACUCCGAAUUUUGGAGAGCCAAUUUCCGGGGUGCGCUGUGCGCCUCGGCAGCGGCGGCGGCGGCGUGCAAAUCCAGCUGCGGCGCAUGCACUAAAACGGACUUGCUGCCAGGGAGCAGGGUGAUCAAACCUCAAGUUAUCCAUCAAGCAAUGACCAUGCCAGGCAACGCAUCUUUGUACUAUUUCAAUUACCUGGAUGCUGCGUAUCACCAACCCGAGCUGCUCAGUGGACAUCUGCUUUCUUCAGUGGUCGCCAAUUCGCAGGCCCAGGCGAUGACUGCGCACCAGAAGCUGCUGCUGCUCGAGAGCGCAAAACUGGUUGAGAAAGUGCCCACGCCGCAGUAUCCACAUAAAGAGCGUCUGCCCGGACAGCUGGACCAUCUCAUGAAGGAGAACCACGGGCUGGGUUCUGAGAAGAACAGCGCCAAAGUGCACAGCAAGGCGAAUACCUGUCCGGCGGACGGGAAACCCAAGAACUUCACGUGCGAAGUUUGUGGAAAGGUGUUUAAUGCGCACUACAACCUCACCCGCCACAUGCCGGUGCACACGGGGGCCAGACCGUUCGUUUGCAAAGUGUGCGGGAAAGGCUUCCGCCAGGCCAGCACACUGUGUCGACAUAAAAUUAUACACACACAAGAAAAACCUCAUAAAUGCACCCAGUGCGGAAAAGCGUUCAACCGGAGCUCGACGUUAAACACGCACGUGCGCAUCCAUGCCGGAUACAAACCGUUCGUGUGUGAGUUUUGCGGAAAAGGGUUUCACCAAAAAGGCAAUUACAAAAACCACAAACUGACGCACAGCGGCGAGAAACAGUUCAAGUGCACGAUCUGCAGCAAAGCCUUCCAUCAGAUCUACAACUUGACCUUCCACAUGCACACGCACAACGACAAGAAGCCGUUCACGUGCGGGACGUGCGGAAAAGGCUUUUGUCGGAACUUUGAUUUGAAAAAGCAUGUGCGGAAGCUGCACGAAAACAACACGGGCUGCUCACAGACGCCUGAAGAAUCAACCAGGGUCCAAACCUGA